UUGGAGAGGUUUGUGAUGGGAAUACGUUGGGGUUGAAAAACUCAUCCACAUUCAUUGGAAAUUUAUCGAUUCCACUUCCCUGCUAUUUUCUAAUCGGCUCAUUCUGCUCUUUUUCUUCGAAAUCGCAAUCUCUACUUGAUGCGUUUUUAACUCGUGGGGUGCUUUUUAACUUUGCAUUGGACUCGUACAUUUUUGCGCUAGAAAAUGAAGUGCAAUCCUUUUAUUUCUUCAAUAGCUACAAUGGUCCGGCAAAGCACUUUUACGCCAUGAAAGAGGCAAGUGAAGAGUAUUUUGCUGUUAUCAAGGGUGAGAAAUUCAAGAUUCAUUCUCCUGCUAGCAUUGAGGGAAAUUUUUUUGCCUCCUCAAACUUGCCAUUUUUGUUUGUGUCGAUUGAAAAGUCUUUCCACAUUAUUAUUCCGGUACCCCUGUCACCACCGGGAAAUUCUUACAACUUUACUUUUGUCAAGGCCACGUGUAAAGAUGAUCAUUUCAACAUUGAAGGCCAUGAUCGGGAGAUCGAAUUUUCCAUCAUCUAUUGGCUUGUCUUUUUAAGGUACUAUGACCGCUCUAUGGAGUACAUUUCAUUGUACACGAGCGUUUUUUUCGAACUGACUGAGAUCGAAUUGGUUAUUUUGAGAAAUAUCCUCGAAAUUAAAUACCGUGAUCUCGAAUAUCUUGUGAUAGAAGCCUGGACAAACAAUCUUUUUGAUG